AUCACAGCAGUAUAAGGUAUAUAUACACAUGUCACAACAGUAUAAGGUAUACAUACACACACACCACAGCAGUAUAAGGUAUAUAUACACAUAUCACAGCAGUAUAAGGUAUAUAUACACGUCACAACAGUAUAAGGUAUACAUACACACACCACAACAGUAUAAGGUAUACAUACACACGCCACAGCAGUAUAAGGUAUACAUACACACACACCACAGCAGUAUAAGGUAUACAUACACACACACCACAGCAGUAUAAGGUAUACAUACACACACACCACAACAGUUCAGUCGGCGGAUUAGCAUUUCCUAGGAUGGCGAAGGAAUGUCCCGCACUACUCUGCCUCUGAUUGGCUAGUACUCGGAGCUUUCGUUGGUUGGAUUGGAUAGGUUUAGGCUUGGCCAGGGUAAGCCAAUCAGAGGCAGAAUAAGCCAGAGAAAAGGCGGGACAUUCCUUCGCCAUCCUAGGAAAACACUUAUUGUCGUCCAGACGGACCAUCUGAAUCGUUAAAUCUCUCCCUGUCCGGCUCGUUCAUGUGUCACGUGCACUGCGUUUCUAAUAUUACAUGCAGUGGCUGUAGGAGACAGAUCAGUUGUCGGAGGAUGGAUGUGUGUGUGAUCCGUGUCAGUCACUGUGAGAAGGAGAUCUUCUGCUUCUCGGUGCCAGAGGAGUGUCCCAGCUGUGGGGAGCAGCUGAGGGGGAGCAGACUGCAGGAGGCACCGGUCAGCCUGCCCUCCCCCCUCACCAACGGACACAAGACGUCCUGCUGCCUGCUGGUCGCUCCCGCACAGGACAACACACACAGAGAGUUUGAUGGGAUGUCAGAUCUGCACACUGGUGUCUCCAACACUGCAGGAGUGGUGUAUAACUACACUCAGGGUGGUGUUGUUCGGGAUCAGAGCGGCUGGGAGAGUUGUGUCAGUGUUCCUCUGGUCCGACCAGACAUGUUCCCCCUGCUGGCUCAGUGGGACCGGUACCUGGACCAGUUUUCUGAUGGACCCAUGUGGGACCCCGCCUGGCACAGGUUCGACGAGGAGCACCAUAACUGCUUCACGUUCUGUCUGGGCUUCAUCAACAGCGUCCUGGCAGCAGAGGGGCGGAGCUCUGUGAGCAGAGACACCUUCACUCACAGCUUCAUCCUGCCGAAGAUGAGGAGGGUCACCAAGUACACCACGCUGUACCGCCACAUCCAGAGACACCAGUAUUACAUGGUGGACAGACAGAAGGACACACAGCAGGACACAGCAGCUAAACCAGACAUAUUUUAGUCUGUUGGACUGAAACACACUCUGGCUGCAUCUCACUUCCCUUACCCCCAAUUUCCAACGGCUGCGUAACGGCUGCGGAUCCGCUCCGGAACGGCGGGGGAGUCAUUAGGUUUCCAUUAAAUUCAGUGUGUGUAUUUCCACUGACUGCAGAACGGCUGCGUUCCGACUGCGUCCCAGCCCCGGAGCUGAUA